AUGAUCGGGGCCCUGACAAGGUUUCAUGUCUUGAUGAUGGAGCGGAAGGAGGCGUGGUUGAUCAGCUGGGAACCAAAUGACGAGAGGAGAGCUUUGGGCGAGGAGGAACCGCUCCGACUCGGCCACAAUGAGGUCCAAAUGGCGAUGGGCCCACCUCGCCUCCUGUCAAGAGCCAAGGCGAAAAGCAUCGCUGCCGCGAGCACCGCUCUUCUCACUUGUCGCAAAUCGACAGGCAGCUCCGCCUUGGAGCAGAUGUGCAUUGAGUUUGUUCCACCCCAUCGAAGGCCUCCUUGGAUCCGGACAAAAUGUCUCAUGGCCCUCAAGGAAACUUACUCCUCCGGCGGUUCUGGUCGGUCCGAUGCUUUUCGGCCGUAUUUGAGGGAAGCCAAAGGGCUUCGUUUCCAGUCCCCGGGCCACCCGGGCUGCCCUGCUCUGAGCCCUUCCCAGCUUCCCCGCAUCUUCCCUCACCUGCCUCAGGUGCCUGGAACUGGGCACAGGCUCAAGCUAGCGAGCACCGGCACCCCCGAGCCAAGCGAGACUCACCAGAACAUGAAUGGAGAGAUCCCCUUGCCGCCGUCGCUGGCCGGGUGCAACGAGCGACCGUCCCUGGCCCUCUCGACCACGAGCAAGCGGCUGGCGGGGCCGGCGGGGCCUGCGUCCAGCAUCCCGAGCAAUGCCGAGCCUCCCCUGGCGAUGGGGGGCAGGACGGCGGAGGGGGGCUGGGGGGCCGGCACAGGGGCGUGGAGGGGGGCGGGCACGCAGCCGGGGCCAGGGCCGUGUGGGCCCCUGGAGAAUGCCCGGCACGGCCCGGGCGGCCCGGUGCUGACGAAUGGGCUGCUUGCAGGGCCCGGGCUCACCAAGGGCAGCCAUGGGGGCGGCGAGGAGGGGCCGGCGAGCCCGGGGGCGGCUGCUUCAGAAGGGGGGCUCUCGGCAAGCAGCCCGCCAUGCCACGAGCCACCCGGCAGGGCCAGCCCGCAGGCACUCCUUCCGGAGGAUGCGGACGAGAGCAGGGGCUGCCAGCCUGGAGGCUGCCAGAGGUGCCCCAAACAAAGGGGGACCCGGCUCCACGGGAAGGGUCGCUUCAUCGGCCAGCAGCAGGAGCGCCAGCCAGUGGCCUGGCUGCUCCGGAAGGUGGCCAAGGUCUCUGUGGCUCUUGGCCAGCACUUCGCUGCUGCAGAAUGUUGCAACCAGGAUGACCGGGAAGAUCCUGCAUUUAAAGACAUCAGGGAUGGAUUUAGCUCUACCUUCGAAAAGAUCGUGGAAUCUGAGCUUAUGAAGGGCACCUACUACAGCAGCCUGGACUCACUGGACGUGAUUUCACUGACCGACGAGACGGACAGCUGUGUGAGCUUUGACGCUCCGCUCACCCCUCUUAUCCAGCAAAGAACUAAAGAAAGUUCCGAACUUCUGGAACAGAAACUCUUCACCCACCAGAAGCAGGCUCUGCCGCCCGUGGCAGCGGAGAAGCAAGACGUGGCGAUGGCCAGAGUUACGGAGGGUGAUUUCGGGAGUCCACUGAAACACGCCAUCACCAGCAGCCGGUCUGAAAACGUGCUGAGCAGGACAUCCCUGAGCGGCGUGCCCAACGGGUUCCAUGCUGAGGGGUCGGAAGAAAAUGCUGUGAAGCUUAUCAGUUCAAUCAGCGACGCCAACAUCAGUGACGCGCUUUCCGACUCGGACUCCGACAUGGGCAGCACGGAGCAGCUGGACCAGGGCAGCACGGACACCCUCGUCAACGGCUGCCGGGCGGACAGCGAGGCGGCCAAGAGGCUGGCGAAGAGACUGUACCACCUCGAGGGGUUCAAGCACUGCGACGUGGCACGCCAGCUGGGCAAGAAUAAUGAAUUCAGCAAACUGGUCGCAGAGGAAUACCUCCGCUUCUUCGACUUUACCGGGCUGGCCUUGGACAAAGCACUCAGAACGUUCCUGAAAGCUUUCCCGCUGAUGGGAGAGACGCAGGAGAGGGAGCGAGUCCUUGUCCACUUCUCGCACAGAUACUGCCACUGCAAUCCGGAAGAGAGCACCUCCGAAGAUGGGAUCCACACGCUCACCUGUGCCCUGAUGCUUCUCAACACUGAUCUUCACGGCCAUAACAUUGGGAAGAAGAUGUCCUGCCAACAGUUCAUGGCAAAUCUGGAUGGACUGAAUGACGGGAAGGAUUUUACGAAGGAGGUGCUAAAGGCCUUGUACAACUCGAUCAAAAACGAAAAGCUGGAAUGGGCUAUUGAUGAAGACGAGCUGAGGAAGUCGCUGUCGGAACUGGUGGAUGACCAGCUUGGGGCCAGCGCGAAGAAAAUGGCCAGGAUCCUGGACGGCAGCAACCCUUUCCUGGACGUCCCCCAAGCCCAGAACGCCGUGACCUACAAGCACGGCGUCCUGACGCGCAAGGCCCACGCGGACAUGGACGGGAAGAGAACUCCCAGAGGACGAAGAGGGUGGAAGAAAUUUUAUGCUGUGCUUAAAGGGAUGAUCUUGUAUUUGCAAAAGGAUGAAUACAAACCCGACAAAGACCUUUCCGAGGUAGACCUGAAGCAUGCAAUCCGGAUUCACCAUGCCUUAGCCACAAAAGCCUCUGAUUAUAGCAAAAAGUCCAAUGUGCUGAAGCUGAAGACGGCGGACUGGAGAGUAUUCCUCUUCCAAGCCCCAAGCAAAGGAGAAAUGUUGUCUUGGAUCUUGAGAAUAAAUUUGGUGGCUGCCAUUUUUUCUGCCCCUGCAUUUCCAGCUGCUAUCUGUUCUAUGAAGAAAUUCUGUCGCCCUCUCUUGCCAUCUUCAACAACUAAGCUUUGUCAGGAGGAACAGUUGCAGUCUCAUGAGAAUAAAAUGAGGCAAAUUGCUGAUGAGCUAAAUGAGCAUAAGCUACACCCAGUAGUGAAAGGUCUCAAAUCAAAAGAAGCUGAAGAAUACCGUUUGAAAGAACAUUACUUAAUAUUUGAGAAAAGCCGCUACGAGACAUACAUCACCCUCCUGUGUGCAAAGAUAAAAGCUGGGACAGACGACCUGGAGAAAAUCGAAGCCAGCCUCUUUACAGCAGAGGCCGAAGAUGCUUCCUUAAGGAAGACUUACUCCAGUCCCUCGAUAAGCCAAGGACAGGUGCCUGUCGCAGACAGCAGAACAGAGAAGGACGCUGCAGGACAGAAUCCUUCAGGUAACCCAUAA